UGAAACGUAGGCACCGCGUCUAGACAAGCCUAGCACUUUGAGAGCUCGAACUGACUUUGAUGUGAGAGCGCGAAGCUUGAAUACGCUUGAAAUCUUUGGAACCACAAAAUCAAAAGACUGAAUUGGUGGCUAAUUCAGCUUCCACCAUCAAAUAUGAAGCUAGUUCGAUUUCUCAUGAAAUGCACCAAUGAGACUGUGACAAUAGAAUUGAAGAAUGGCACCAUCGUCCACGGCACGAUCGCUUCAGUCACCCCCCAGAUGAACACGGCCUUGAGGACAGUUAAAAUGACCCCCAAGGGAAAGGAACCCAUUUCGCUAGAGACUAUCAACAUUCGUGGUUCUACAAUCCGCUAUUUUAUUCUUCCUGAUUCCUUGCCAUUGGACACACUGCUCGUAGAUGACUCGACAAAGCCGAAGAAGAAUCAGCAACGGAAAGAUGCAGAGCGUGGUGGUCGUGGUGGUGGACGAGGCGGAGGAAGAGGUAGAGGAGGUCGGGGUAGAGGGCGGGGUAGAGGAAGAGGGUUCUAGGCGUAGGAUACUUGGGUAUACCACAACGGCGUCACGGGAGUAGGAAUAUGCGAACGCUUUGUUCCCGACGCAAAGACCGGGCUUUGCGCUUUGCGAAUGGAUUUGCAAAAAAGCCUCUCACGGAGAGUAAAUUGCAUACAUUUGCAGUAAGUAGCAUCGUUUGAAUUACAAGCUACUGUCACUCAAUAUUGCUCCUAGACAUAGAUGCGCAUGCGAUAACUUCGUGACACUCGAAGCUAUUCAGCGUCAAGCGGAGCGCGUGGCGCAGUGUCAUUCACCUGAAUCCCACCUCUCUUCUUCUCCUUGGCGUCUGGCAUGGGCAAGGACCAACCACCUUCAUCCUCUGGUGUACUCAGCCAGAGCCGCAAAAGAUGUCUUCUCGGAGCCGGUGGCGGGUAGUCCUUAUAUGCUGUUCUCGCAUGCAACACAUGUGCAUUGCUCAAGAACUGGAUAUCGCCAACUUCCAAUACCAUGUGCAGUGCCAGUCUAUAACAAGUAUCUUCCAAGAUCCGCAUUGCCCUGUCCUGUUCAUCGCUGAGUCGCGGAACAGUACCAGCUUCCCAGAAGCGCCACAUAGAUCGUAUGAAAUAUGGAUCCCAUUUUGCAUAGACUCUGGGCUCGCGUCCUUCAGUUGGUCUUUCAAGAUAGAACACCGCGGCUCUGAUGUACGGUUUCUGACCGUCACUAACUUCACCCUUACGAUCAAAAUACCAAAUUGGUUUUGUCAGUAGUUCCGCAACAUCUGGAUGCUCCUUUUGCAAUGUGUUCCAGACGUGGUGUGAGGAUACUAUAUCGCUUUCGCCUCCCUCGGCUGCUCGAUGAAGGCAGAGCAGGCCAACGAUGUCCCCAUCAUCUGUGUGGAAAUAUUGACGAGCAGUAGUGCGAUAGAUACGGACUUUGUCGAUUUGGGUCGCAUCUUCGCCAGUAUCUUUAACAUGGCCGAGUACGUGCCCGCGGCCAUUUUGAGACAGAAAAUAGCCGAAAUAUGUGCCAAGACCCAUGUAGGCAACAGCACUCUUCAGAGUGCCCCACUCAUUUGCUGGGAAGUUUUUGAAAAGAAUGAAGCCUUUGCCAUUGAUAAGAUCAUUGCGGAGGUCUUCCAGCCGUUUUGAGAGUCUGGGUAGAGGGAAGUUAGACUUGAGAUGUGUCAGUGACAAGGAUAAGAAGGCAAGGAUAGGG